UCCCUCUUUUUGUUAGCCCUCCUUUCUUUUUUGGCUCCCACAGAAUAAGAUGCAAAGAACGUUGAAGAACAACUCCUUUAUCUUUUUUCUAUUUUGAUUUUCUUUGAACUUUUUUCAUUCAAUUCCAAGACAAAUAAUGUAUUGAAAUUCUUGAUAGAUCAAUAAUAUAUACUAAUUAAUCAAACUGAAAAUUUAGAACAUAAAAAGAACAGGCUAAAAAAGAAAAUUAUGUUUACCUGAUUUUUUUUCUAUUAUUAUGGGUACCCUAGUCCCUUCCAAGUUAUAUAUUAAGGAAAAGUGCAAAAAGGGUGGUACAUAGUACGAGUCUUUAAUCAAGAACCACUUAUUUUAGUGAUCUCCAAGCAAAUCAAAAGCCAUAGCUUUACCAUCAUUUCAGACUAGUGCAUUUGGCAGAAUCACUGUUGACAUAUCAUCAUUUCCUUCCAUAAAUAGCAUCAUCAUCAAUCUGUCAAUAAGCUAAAGCUCAAUGUAUCAACCCAUUCAUUGAUUAGUCUCGGAGUCACAGAUCACUUAGGCCAUGAACUUCUUUGGAAGCAACCCAUUUUCUUUGCAUUCCUCAUCAACAUUCCUGGCAGAAGACAUUCUCAUAAAGAAGAUCUUACUGACACAUGAUCCUGAUGGUCGUCGCCUAGAUUCUGAGCUACUGCUUUGUGCAACGGAGAAUGUCAUGUCUUACACUGCUACAUCAGAAGUACUAGUUAGCAGCUUCCAUAUUGAUGCCAUUGCAGAGAAAGAUAUAAGCAAAAUUGAAGUAAUUGGAGCAGAAGAAUCAUUGGGACAGAUCAUCCAUAAAAUUUUAAAUGAGAUGCUUUUCAAAAAUGCUGGUGAAGGGGAUCUUCACGCAAGGACUAUGAUCUUGUUUGAUUUGCUUGGAAAAUACAGAUGGGAUGCCAAAUUAGCUUUAAUACUUGCAGCAUUUGCAACAAGCUAUGGUGAAUUCUGGCUGAUAAUGCAGCUAUACCCUCACAAUCCGUUGGCAGUAUCAGUUGCGAUGCUUAAACAGUUACCUAAUGAUUUAAGCAUGUUGAAGCCUAGGCUUAAGGCCUUAAGCAAGUUGGUUAAGACAAUGGUGGCUGUGACAAAGUGCAUUAUUAAAUUUGAAGGCCUACCACUUAGAUAUGUAAAGCUGGAUGAUGAAGCAAUGGCAAUAGCAAAGUCUCAUAUUUAUAUAGCUGCUUACUGGAUCACAAGAAGCACACUGGCAUGCUCUUCCCAGAUCACAGACUUGAUAGCCAUGAAGCCUGAGCAAGUGUCUUCAAAUCAAACAGCACUUGCAGUGUGGCAGCUCUCAAGUCUGGUAUAUAGGUUGAGCAGCUUAUACAGUCACCUCAAUCGGCAAGUGGAUUUCUGUCAUCAACAAAUAGAGACAAGAUUGCAUCAGAAGCUGUUAAACAUUUUCCAGGAGGCCCAUGCUGACAACCAAGAGGUUCUUGGCGUGUUAUUGGCUUUGAAAGAUGACUUGCCACUCAAGAAUUCUUCUACACAAGAAAAGCUAGGUGUGUCUGAACUGAAAGACAAGGUAGUUGUACUUUUGGUCUCAGAGCCAGAGCUCCUCCCUCUAGAGGGACUAUUCCUGCUGGUUCAUCAAACAUAUAAUCAUCUUUCUCACAAGAAUUUAGAUGAAAGUUAUGAAAUUGUAUGGGUUCCAAUUUCAUUUUCUGAUAAAUGGACUGAAGCUGAGGCAGAAAGAUUCAACCUUUUAUCGAAUUCAUUGCCAUGGUACUCACUCCGGCGACCUUGGUUACUCAACUCUGCUGUGGUGAACUACAUAAAACAAGUAUGGAACUUCAAAUGUGACCCUCUUAUGGUAGUGUUGGAUUCACAAGGCAUGGUUACAAAUUCAAAUGCAAUUGAUAUGAUAUUGAUCUGGGGUGCCAAAGCAUAUCCAUUCUCAUCUUCAAGAGAAAAGCAGCUCUGGAAAGAAGAGAAUUGGACUCUGAAACUUUUGGUUGACGAAAUUGACCCCCUUCUAACUAGAUGGGUAGAAGAAGGGAGAAACAUUUGCAUUUAUGGAAGUGAAAACCAAGACUGGAUCAGAGAAUUCAAUGAUAAAAUGAAGGAAAGUAGAAGUGUUGGUGUACAGAUUGAGAUGGUGUAUGUUGGCAGUAGGCAUCGGAGUGAACAUGUAAGACAAAUUUUAGCCACCAUCAAUGAAGAAAUGCACAGCAGUUUAUUCUCUUUCACAAAAUUACAUUUCUUUUGGAUUCGGUUGGAGAGUAUGAGAAGAUCAAUAUUCCGACUAGGGCAAUCUAUCAUCUCAGAUCAUAUUCAGGAGGAAGUGUCAUCUCUGCUAGAUAGUACUGCUGAGGGAUGGGCGGUAAUAGGGAGAGGAAGUACAACAGAUAUUGUAAAGCUUCAAGGAAGAAAGGCAAUGGAAUGCUUGACUAAGUUUUCAGAAUGGGGAGGAAAUGUGAUGAAGUUAGGAUUCUUCGGUGCACUCAGAAGUGUCCUUGAAGCACCUCCUAUUCCAGGGCCUUGCAAUCAUUCUAAUAUUAUUCCUUACGCUGAAGGAUUAGUUGAAGAAAUUGCAGUCUGCAAUAAGUGUAAGCGUCCCAUGGAGAGUUAUGUUGUAUAUGAAUGAAAUGAGAUCAAAUGGGCAAUUUCAACUAUGCUGCCUUGUAAUUUGAAUGUUAUUUGAGAUGAUUUACUGACUGCUAAGCAAUCAUAAAAACAGACUAGUGAUAGUUAUGUUC